GGCGAUUAUUGGAAACGAAGAAUGAGGUUCUAUGACUUACAUUUGGGAGUUCCAAAAAAGCAUUUGCAUGCUGUGGUAAGCACUUAUCUAAAAAAAGGUUUUCCAAAUUAUUUCCGAUCAAGCAGUCGUUGUCUUUGCAUUCGACCCUUUUCAUAUGGAGAUUCGCUGAGCACUUUCAUUUCGUUGCCAGUCGUUGUUUUAUUUCGUUUCGUACAGAGCUCUCCAAAAUAGAAAAUUCGAAUUUUUUUCUGUGUUUUGUUAGUCUUGCGAGUCCGUGAAAUCGAUUUCUUUAGUCCGUGAAGAAACGUGCUUCGUUUUCGCAGGUUUUUGCUAAAUUGUUCGUGUAUCCAUUGGUUUACAUUAUGAGUACCCAUCAGUAUAGCCUGGGGAGGCUGGCCCGCCGAGGCUUCAGCCUGCGGAUGAAUACGCUGGCCGGCACACUGCAAAGGCAUUACCACCCCCGGAGCAGGCCAUGUUUGCCCCAGAGCGUGGGCCAGGUGGGCGAACGGUCCAAGCCAGCGUUGAAGCCCUACGACUUCCACCGAAACCGGGUGCGUAAGUUUGCCGGGGAGAGGAAGACGCUGGUCGACCGGGUGCGAGGCAUGGGCCCCAGCCUGGGACAUGCCAAGUUGGUGCCCCCAAAGGUGUACGGCAAGGCGCGGCUGUUCUCCUCCGAAAGCACCCUCUGCAGUCGCUUGCAGCAUCUGGAAAAGCAGGAGAACGAGGAGUAUUCGGGCCGGGAGGUCCAGCCGACGCACACAGCCUCAUUGUCGGCCACCCAGCAGAGGUACAAUCAGGCGGCAGGAAUCGGCAAGGGCAUGGCCAUGCAGACGGCCAAAGAUAUCAGCCAGUCCAUUCAGGAGGAGCUGAUGGUGGUGGACGCCGACACGCGCGACAUGCUUACCUGCGAUACCAGUCGCAAGGCGCUGCGCGACUACCACGACCACAUGGCCAAGCGGUCGAAGAACUCUGUCGAUCCCAUGCAGGGUUGGAAGCAUCCAAAGAACCUCAAGUAUCUCUCCUAUAUCCCGGCCGAGAGCAGUACCAGUAACCCAGCAGCCCAACCCGACGAUGAAGCCCAACGGCAGAUGAGGCCACGUCGCCGCCAGAUGGUCAUAGGUCAUGCCGUUCGAAAUUUCGACGCCCUAGCCAAUCCCCCGCUUCAGCUCGGCAUCGGACCCAAGUACGAGAUGUAUACCUCCAAUGCCAAGGAGAUGUUCUCGGAGCAUCGCAGCGAGCUGCGUCCGCACACAAGUUGGCACAAGCCAAAGCCAGCCGCCGAGGACAAGCCCGAGGAUCAGCUUAUGGACGUGUCGAUGGUCCGACCAGAGCGUCCGGAUAUCACAGUGGCCAGGCGCCUCUGGAAGAACGAGGAGGACGCACCCGAGCCGAAUUCGUGGUACGAGCAGCCCAAAGCAGAGCGCGAAUUCUUAAAGCAGACCUUCCUUGGCGCAGCCAAGAGUCGCCGGAAGCUGGGACAGUCCCAGUUGGACGAACUCCACCACGAGUCGUCGGACAAUGCGGCCCAGAUUAGUGCCUCCCAGCAGGUGAUUAACCAGAAGUACGCCGCCUUCCGCAGGUCGGAAAAGGGAAAUCAGAAGCAAAUUGUAGAGUCAGUGAAUCCAACGCCGCAGCUCAAGCCUCAUCAAAGGACCUUUCCGGAGCCCCGGGACAAGCGCAGAAGGCGUGGAACUUCAAAUCAGGCCGUCGAACGACAAGCUGCACCACGGUUUUAUGCGGGGAACGGCCCACCAGCUGCGGAAGAAGAUGAGGAUGAGAAGGGGGACUCCAGAGAGUCCAAUUGGCCAUCGCCCAGUAACUCGGUGCUCCCGUCAUCCUCGCGUAGCGAGUCUCGCCUUCAAACGGAGCACAGGGCACGUGGGCAGGGUGUCAUGGGCGAGAGGCGAGCUCCCAAUAACUCGAUGGAAACUGAAACCGCCGCGGAGGACAGCGAUAUCGCUAUGCCGCCAAGUUACAAGAAGGAGUCGGCCGUCCAACGCCUGGGAAAAGCUUCUUCCAGGCAGAACAGCCGCGCCUUCAACAGCUACUGAGUCUCCCAGUCCUAUCGCAAUUGUGAGGUCGUGACCUGACCUCUGCCUUCUGAAAGUCCUCUCUAAUCCCGAAUCAUGGUCAUUAUUCUCAUGGUGCUACAAAAGAAACUUUCACAUUUACUGUCUAAAUCCCUUAAUGUCAACCAAAUUGAGGCCUGGAAAUCCUGCUGGCUAAGUGUAGUAUUAUAAUCGCAAAACGAAAGUAAUUUAAAUAAAACCUAUUACAAUUGCGAACAAAAAAUGCAAUGGUGGGAAUAUAUAUAUAUAUAUAUAGAUCUGUUCUAUUUGAUAACGGUCGGUUCUAACAACAUCUUCUCUUGAUUGAAUUUGGUUUGACUCUGUAGGGGCCUUAUGGUAUGGAACCGGUCGGUUCAAUUUUCACAAGCACAUCUUUCAGCAUUGUAAAAUAUACAUCCUUCCUCGUGUAAUUGUGUUCUCUUUUACUUUUGUUCACUCAGCUAGUGCCUUGGCAUCGGCGAGCCGUUUUGAUUUGUAGUUAAAUUUUUUAACCACUACAAGAGACACCCACAAAGUCGGCUGACUCAGAAAACUAGCACUGCACUCCAAGUAUUAAAGUAUAUUACGUUCAACAACCAAAGCAAAGCACCGAACUCGAAAUGCUAAAUCCCACAAACCCCUUUCCAAAAAACAGCAGAAACGUAUUUGAAUAUAUUUUAGAUAUGUAAUUUAAUUUUGAUUUGGAAUUGAUUACAUGUUUCACUACUAGAUUAUGUUUAAUAGUUGUACAUUCAUGUCUUGCAUCUUAUGCUAAUAUCUGCU